GGACCAUAUCCGAUCUCCACUAGGUUGUUCGAACUUCGACGGCGCUUCUUGCUACCACUACCGCAUCUGUAAACUUUGAAAUUAUGGUAUUUUUAGUAGCUCCCAUUCCUCAUGCUAAUCGAUGGCCAUCGAUGAUCCUAAAGCAGCUGAAAUUUGAAAGCCCAUCGAUGCAUCAUCGCAAACUUCCUCUGAUGCUCCAACUUUACUUCUCGCCUUAGCCAACAACAUGCAGACAGCCUACUCAAAAUCCAAUGUCUCUCAGUCUGUCUCAGAUAUCAUCGCUGCACUACAAAAUAUCCUCGCACGCUCGCAGGUGAUUAUUCCAGUCCUUGAAACUCCAUACUCCACAUUCCACAAUACCUACCGUUCUACUGUCGAAGUCGAUGCCCAGAGCGUUAUCAAUAUCAUCGCUGAACGCCAGCAGCAAUUGGAUGCUGUCCUGCAUGAGAUCUCGGGCCUGCAGGCCGUAAUGGAUAGCGUCAAAAAUCUUCAUCAGCAGGUCGUCAAAAAGAAGGAGAAGAUUACUCAGUCAAUGAAUUUGCACAAGGCACUCGUAUCGGCUCUCAGACGUCUGCCAACAGAACUCCUAUCCCAAAUAUUCAACCUCUGUCUCCCCGAAACCAAAUUGUUGUUACGCCCAUCAACCAUAAGAGCCCCUAUGUUGUUAACAGGAAUAUGCCAACGAUGGAGGGAGGUUGCUGUGGGUAUGCCCAAUUUAUGGUGUAGGUUGUAUGUAGAAGCCGACGACAAAGACUGGGAGCGGGCAGCUUUUUGCUAUGACUUGUGGUUCAAGCGUUCACGAGGACGUCCGCUCUCGUUAGCAUUCGGGUGCUACCACUCGACCAAACUACGAAGCCUUCUUCAGCCUUACAUCACUCAAAUCACAUCACUCCGAGUCACUGUUCGUUCCUUCCAGGGCCUAUGCCCUCCGCUUUUUGUGACAGACCUCCCAGCACUUCAGGAGCUGGCCAUACUAGGGAUGACAACUCUUGACCUUCCAACUAUUGCACAAUCUAUCUCGCGACUACCGUCCACUAUACGCAGUCUCAAGGUCAUUGACAUGCGCCCGUUGUUCGACAUCGAGCGCUUGUCUACUUUCAGUCCCGUAUGGGCCCAUUUGACAGAUAUCCAGAUCGCCGUACGUCACCAGGACGCAGUCAUCCAUUUGCUUCAGCUAUGUCCCAACCUCUCCUCGUUAACUCUCCGCAUAGCAUUCGAUCAAAUUGAUCCCUUGAAACCAUUCACGCAUACCAAAUUACAAUCCUUAUGCAUCACUUAUGACGCUUUGCUCAUGCGCCCUAUAUCCGACCUGCUCAAUGCUCUAUCGCUCCCCAAUUUGCGCGCGCUUGAAGCUCGCCGCAAUGCAUCUUGGCCUCACGAGGAUAUGAAGGCAUUAUUGGCACGGUCAAAGUGUCCACUGAAGACCCUGACUGUCGGCGGUCGAGUGACGAUAACAGAUGCGCAACGAGCGGAAUAUGUUUCCCUCAUUCCUUCCCUCGAAGUAAUAGUGGAUCACAGUAGUAGAUACAUUUGA